ACAGGCUCAGGGAAGACCACCCAGGUCCCUCAGUACCUCUAUGAAGCAGGAGUUGGCCGCCAAGGCGUCAUUGCCGUCACCCAGCCACGGAGAGUAGCAGCUAUAGCCUUGGCUACCAGAGUCUCCAGUGAGAAGACAACAGAGCUGGGGAGACUGGUGGGCUACACUGUACGCUUCGAGGACCUCAGCUCUGAGGAGACCAGGAUCAAGUUCCUGACAGAUGGGAUGCUGCUCCGCGAGGCCAUCGGGGACCCGCUGCUGCGCAGGUACAGCGUCGUCAUCCUGGACGAGGCCCACGAGAGGACCAUCCACACUGAGGUGCUCCUGGGGGUGGUGAAAGCUGCCCAGAAGAAAAGAAAGGAGCUGGGGAAACUGCCACUAAAAGUGAUCAUCAUGUCAGCUACGAUGGAUGUGGACCAGUUUUCCAAGUACUUCAAUGGAGCUCCUGUUCUCUAUUUAGAAGGCAGGCAGCAUCCCAUUCAGAUCUUUAACACCAAACAGCCUCAGAGUGAUUACCUCCAAGCAGCACUGGUCUCAGUCUUCCAGAUCCAUCAGGAAGCUCCCCCUUCUCAGGACAUCCUGGUGUUCCUGACUGGGCAAGAAGAAAUUGAAGCCAUGACCAAAACCUGUCGAGACAUUGCCAAGCAUCUCCCUGAUGGCUGCCCACGGAUGGUGGUGAUACCCCUCUAUGCUUCUCUGCCCUACUCCCAGCAGCUCCGUGUCUUUCAGGCAGCCCCCAAGGGCUGUCGCAAAGUGAUCCUCUCCACCAACAUUGCAGAAACCUCCAUCACCAUCCCAGGAAUAAAGUAUGUGGUGGACACAGGCAUGGUCAAAGCCAAGAAGUACAGCCCUGAAACUGGCCUGGAAGUGCUGGCAGUGCAGAGGGUGUCGAAGGCCCAGGCUUGGCAGCGCACAGGGAGGGCAGGGAGAGAGGACAGUGGGGUCUGCUACCGGCUCUACACAGAGGAGGAGUUUGAGAAGUUUGAGAAGAUGACAAUACCUGAGAUCCAGAGGUGUAACCUGGCCAGUGUGAUACUUCAGCUCCUGGCCCUGAGAAUUCCCAAUGUGCUCACCUUUGACUUCAUGUCCAAACCAUCUCCUGAUGCUAUUCAAGCAGCAGUUGAGCAGCUGGAACUCCUGGGAGCUGUGGAGCAAAAGGAAGAUCAGCUUGUCCUGACCCCCCUGGGAAGGAAGAUGGCAGCCUUUCCCCUGGAGCCAAAGUUUUCCAAAACCAUCCUCCUGUCCCCCAAAUUCCACUGCACAGAAGAGAUCCUGAGCAUCGUGUCACUGCUGUCAGUGGACAGUGUCCUCUACAACCCCCCUGCCCGCAGGGAGGAGGUGCAGUCUGUCAGGAGGAAAUUCAUCUCCAGUGAGGGGGAUCAUCUCACCCUGCUCAGCAUCUACAGGGCCUUCAAAAACGUCAGUGGCAACAAGGACUGGUGCAAGGAGAACUUUGUCAAUGGCAGGAACAUGAUGCUUGUGUCAGAAGUCAGAGCUCAGCUCAGGGACAUUUGUGUAAAGCUCUCCGUGCCCCUGGAGUCGUCCCGCUCGGAGCCGGGCAACGUGCGCCGGUGCCUGGCCCACAGCCUCUUCAUGAACGCCGCCGAGCUGCGGCCCGACGGCACCUACAGCACGCUGGACUCGCAGCAGGAGGUGGCCAUCCACCCCUCCUCGGUGCUCUUCCACUGCAGGCCGGCCUGCGUGGUGUACAACGGGCUGCUGCACACCAGCCGCCGCUACAUGCGGGACCUGUGCGUCGUGGACCCCGACUGGCUCUACGAAGCCGCGCCCGACUACUUCCGUAGGAAGCUCCGCCCGGCCAAAAACUGA